AUGUGUGACAAUCAGGAGAUUCUCUCGCGGGAUAUCAACAGCAUCAUUGAUUCUAUGCCAUCUACUCGCCGGUGCACUCGUCUUCAAACUGCAGCAUAUCUCCUUGGUGCCCACAAAGAGCUGCCUGAUGUCGAUGAUCAAGGACAUGUUCCCACAGACUACAAAGGGCUUGAGAAGGUCGAGUUUCGGAUCCCUUUGAAUACCAUGGACAAGAACAAAUCUACGACCUAUGUGGACCACUUUUACGCCGAAUCAGACCUUCCCCUGGAUAUAUUAGACUCUAUGAGAGCUGCAAUGGAUCUUCCAAAAACCUACGAGAAUUUGGGUUGGCGUUUGUCUACUGCCUGUCGUGUGGACCCUCCACAUCGCCUUUUAACUUCCCAAGAUAUUAGCAGCACUUUCAAAGCCGCAUGGGCUAAGCAAACCUCUGGAUGGAAAAAGAAGAAAGUUGCGAUUGAAAUUGUCAACACUAUGCCUGUGCUAAAGAGAAGUCGUUUAAAUGACAAGCAGUACAACACUCGAGAUCCAAACAAUGCUUGCAUUACUCUACCCAGUACACCCCAUUUCCACGAUAUUUGCAAGACACUAAUAGUACACUUUCUGAACAGUGAGGUAAUGAUCCUAUAUCUCCUCAACCACUCAAGAGGACAUUUGCUCUCUACAUGGAGAGCGAUGAAGAAGAAACGGAUGGUGAAGCCACCACAAGACAUCGACAAGGUUCUUGCCAGUAUCCAUUCCUGCUAUCCUGGCUAUGGAGUUCCGCAGUAUGCAGCAACGCUGAAGGAGCCUGGAAUAUUAUAUCUGCAAACUGCCCAGCACAUUUUAGUAGUAAAUUUACACAGAGAAGGUUGGGAUGUCGGAGGGGCUGUGUUACAUUUCACAGCUGUGUUUGUUAACGGCUCAAUGAAGGAGGAACGUGUGAAGGCAAGGAGGGAGGAGAAAGGUAAAACGAAGGAUAAGCUGACAACACCGAGUAAUGAAAAUAGCCAGCUCUCUAGUAGGGUCACAAUGGCUAUCUUGUACAUGGAUAUUCUCGAUAAGACUGACAUGAUUUCAAUCGUACCAUUAUUUCAUGCAGGGAUUGUCACUCAUUUAAUCAAUGUCAGCGGGAGAAAUUCCUUCGAAGCCUUGAGAACAACGUGGCGCCUUCCUAUUUCAAGUGAGUCUUCCAAGGCGAGCCAAGACUCUGAGCCAGACAACCCGGGGACUCAGGCUUGGUACCACCAUGUCAUGGCAGUUGGUGAUAGCCAGCAUACGACUUGGACUCAUCUGAACUGGACACCAGCCAGCUUUGCUAGUGACUACCAUUGCUGA